UAAUUUCCGCUUGGCGUCCACUUCUUAAAGUGUAAAAUAUCGUUCAAACAUGGCGGAUACUGAAACGAAGGUGAAAAUUGAAGAUACAGACCCCCAAAGUGUUCAAGAUUUGACUGGAUUUGUGCAAACUUUGCUUCAACAAAUGCAAGACAAGUUUCAGCAGAUGUCAGACCAGAUAAUCACAAGAAUCGACGACAUGAGCACGCGAAUCGAUGAUUUGGAGAAGAACAUCGGUGACCUGAUGAAUCAAGCUGGGGUAGAUGAGCCAGAAAAGUGAUGAACACAUCAAGAAUGCCUUGUCACAGAUGAAGUUCACAAAAGAGCUCAAUGUACACUAUAAACGAAUACAACAACUUUAGCUACAAUAACCACAUUCAGAGCAGUAUAUUUUCAAGGAUUUAGCCUUUCAAUGUAUGCAUAAUAUUAGAUUUGAACUGUUACUUCAAUUUUUUCUUUUCUUGGGGGAAAUAAGAACAUCAUACUAAUGCUGAUUUAUAGAGUAAGCUUUGUCACUGUAAUUUAGUUGUGAUCUUUAUGAGACAUGAAAGAAUUGCAAUAAAUGUGAUUAAUUUGA